ACUUUUGUCUUAUAAAAUCCCCCACUUCAUUCCUAGGCUCUCCUUAAAUUCUUGAGCUUCUUCAUCUUCUCCUCCUCUCUUUCCUUCACCACCAAACUCAUCAUUUGUUCUUCAUAUUCAACACAAAGAUCAAAUAAAAUGUGUUCCUCUAAACCAAAGUUGCAAAGAACCACUAGUGUUCCUCCAUCAACACCUAAGAUGAAUCGGCGUCCGGUUCUCCAGCCAACUGGCAAUCAAUUUCCAAGCUUGGAACAAAGGAAGUCUCUUAAAAAGAGCUCCCAAGAACCUCUUGCUCCGACUCCUCUGCCUUCACCUCUACCAAGUGCUAAAACUAAGGCCUCUUUUUCUCCUCCCAUCUCUCCCAAGUUGCCUUCACCUAGACCACCUGCAUUCAAGAGAGGAAAAGAUCCAAAUGAGCUGAAUUCUAGUGCUGAGAAGGUUGUGACACCUCGGUGCACAACCAAGUUUACAAGUUCUGUGAAAAAGUCAAAGAAGUCUAGUGGCUCUGUAGCUGCUGCACCUUCUGCUGAAAGUAUAUUGAAAAAUAUAUCCUCUUUGAUAGUGGAGGCACCAGGAAGCAUAGCAGCUGCAAGGAGGGAGCAAGUUGCAACAAUGCAAGAACAACGAAAGAUGCGAAUUGCCCAUUAUGGAAGAACCAAGUCUGCAAAAAAUGAAGGGAAAGUGAUUCCUCUUUAUGCUUCAGCUACAACUGAUUUUAGUAGAGACCAAAGGCGGUGUACUUUUAUCACACCUAACUCAGACCCCAUAUAUGUUGCUUACCAUGAUGAAGAAUGGGGAGUUCCUGUCCAUGAUGAUAAUCUGUUGCUUGAAUUGCUGGUGUUAACUGGUGCUCAAGUUGGAUCAGAUUGGACUUCAGUCCUGAGGAAAAGGCAAGCUUUGAGGGAGUCCUUUUCAGGAUUUGAUGCAGAUGUUGUGGCUAAAUUUAGUGAAAGAAAGAUAACGUCAGUGAGUUCUGAUUCUGGUAUAGAUAUAAGCCUUGUUCGAGGAGCUGUUGACAAUGCUAAACGAAUUCUUCAGAUAAAGAGGGAAGUUGGAUCAUUUGACAAGUACUUGUGGGGAUUUGUGAAUCACAAGCCUGUAUCUACCCAAUACAAGUCAUGCCACAAGAUCCCUGUGAAGAACUCCAAGUCAGAGAGCAUAAGCAAAGACAUGGUUAGAAGAGGUUUUAGGCUUGUUGGUCCCACAGUCAUUCACUCAUUCAUGCAAGCAGCUGGCCUCACAAAUGACCACUUGAUCACCUGCCCACGGCACCUCCAAUGUGCAGCUUCUGCAGCCCCUGCUGCUUUAUAAUUUCACAUCACAAAAUAAUCUACAAGAACAGACAGCUACAGAUGAACGUAUAUAUAUAUGUGUGUGGCAUAGACUAGGACCCAAUAAGCAUAAUAAGCUUAUUAUCUCUAACUCUAAAAUCUAGAAGUUGCUAUGUACUCUGGUUGUGUGUAUUUAUAUUAGCUGUUGUAAAAGUCUUGGUGGGAGCCUGAGAGGGCUAAAUUGGAAUGAGAUGCUUAGGAAAAAAAAAAGUGUGUGGAAAGAGGGGCAUAGGAAGACAAGCAGAGCAUGUGCAGGUGGGCAGGCAAUGGCAAGUGUAUGGGAUCAAAUAGCUUUCACUUGCUUGUUGUGGCCACCACAUCCCCUCUAUUAUUUGCUUUGCUUUUAACAGAUUGUGAAGAAUAAUCAGUGCAGGUAGGACUGUUGGCCCUGCCCUGCCAUGGACCAUGAUAUGUCCAUCUACCAUCUCUUUCAACUUGGUCUUUGGACUGGAUAAAAAUUGUCAGCUCUUCUAUAAAAGCUUCAUUACA